UUGACAUAUUAUGAGUAUAAAUGUUAAGAACUAUUAAAAACCUAAUUAGUCAUUGUGUAUAACGGCAAAAAUGUUGACUAUAGUAUAAGUAUUUCCAGUUUUCAUCUUAUAGAAAAUGCAAUUAAAAGAAAUGGUUUCGUCUCAGCAGGUGUUAAGGUUAAUAAAUGAUACAAGCCUAAAUAACAUUAUCGUUAUACAUAUAUCGGUAAUAUUAAUUUUGGUAGUUGUAUAUUAUAAAACAGUAAACUGGAGAAAGACUUCAUUGGCAAAUCGAAUACCAGGUCCAGAUGGUUUCUUUUUAUGGGGAAUGUUACCUGUUUUACUUGGAGGACCUGAAAAACUAUUGAUGAAUAUUUAUAACAUUUCCAGAAAAUACGAGAAUUCCUUAUACAAAUCGUGGAUUUUUGAUCGGCUAUACAUAUUUCUUAACAAACCUGAAGAUGUAGAAGCGGUUCUUACCAAUCCUGAUCUGUUCAAAAAAUCUAAAGAAUAUGAUGUGAUAAACGAAUCAAUUAUGGGCGAUGGAAUAUUUACAACCAAAAUAUAUCCUGAAUGGAAAAAGAACAGAAAAUUGGUAGCCGCGGGGUUUAAAUUUUCGAUUCUUAAAUCGUUCGUACCAACAUUUUACGAGGAAGCAAAAUUCUUGAGCCAACUAUUGUAUGAGAAACGGGAAAUCAAUUCAAAUGAAUGUGAAAUAAGCCGUGCAAUUGGUAUGGCGACCAUGGAGAUGAUUGGAAGAACCGCUUUGGGUGUAAAAUUUAAUGCACAGAAAAACGCCAAACACGUAUUUGUGGAGAAUUUACAAGUCAUCCAAAAGGUUUGGGAAUACCGAGUGACACACCCGUGGUUUCUAAACAACAGUCUGUUUCAGUUGUCGUCGUUUAAACGUAAACAUGACAUUAGUCAAAGUAAAAUUUACAAUUUCACUGAAGAUUUAAUUCAGAAAAAAAAUACAGAGUUGAAAAAUAAUACAAACAGUCAAGGAGAACAUAACGAGGAGUGUAUUGGUCUUAAAUCUAAAUCGCUUAUUGAGACACUGCUCGAGAAUGAACACCAGAUGCCAUUGAAACAAAUACGGGAUGAAAUAAUAACUAUUAUGAUUGGAGGUCAAGACACGACAGCUAUGGCGAACGCGUGUUCAAUAUUUAUGUUGGCUCAUCAUCAAGAUGUACAAAAUAAAGUGUUGGAAGAGUUAUUGACAAUAUUUUCUUCUGGCGAUCCGGAUCGACAACCUACCUUUGAGGAUUUACAAAAGAUGGAUUACUUGGAACGUGUAAUCAAAGAAACUUUGAGACUAUUCAGCAUUCUUCCCUUGUUUAGCAGAAACGUUGAUAAGGAAGUUGUUAUCGGAGGCUAUUUAAUCCCUGCAGGGUCAACGUUCGUAAUUUUCACUGCUCUCUUACACUUAAAUGCAAACAUUUAUCCGGAACCAGAAAAGUUCAAUCCGGACAACUUCUUGCCCGAAGCAUGUCACAGUCGCCAACCGUAUUCCUUCAUUACUUUUAGUGCUGGUUACAGGAAUUGCAUUGGUAUCAAAUAUGCAAUGCUUCAAAUGAAAACCGUCAUAUCCACAUUGGUCAGGUCUUAUCGUCUUCGUCCGUCAGAUAAGUGUGCCAAACCGGAAAAUCUUCGUUUAACGUUUGGGACGACACUAAAGUUUGUCGACGGGUGUUACGUUAAAAUAGAAGCGAGAACAUAAUCAAUUAUUGAAGCAGGGUGUUGAACCAGAAUUAUUUACAUAUUUGGAUUUGGGUUAUUCGGGUAACGGGUUAUUAUGUAAUCAUAUUGGUCAGGGUUUCAAUAUUUUUUAGAUUUUAGGUAUAUCGGUUUUGGUUAACCAAAAUAUUAACUUUACCCAAUGACAUAUGCCAAUUUUUUUGCGUUGUCUCGUCUUUCCAGAUAUUUUCUAUAAACUGUCUAAUAAAAUCUUUACCUCUGUUUUUCAGACGUCUCGCGGUUAUAUUUCCUUUUUCUCCUUGGGUCUUCCCAUUUUGUAGCAUAUUAUUUACUGCUAGAUUUUGUCCAGAGUAGGUGCAUCAAAGUUGUGUUUCACUGUAAUAUGUUUACCUACUGAUUCCAUUUGUGUGUGCACUUAGCUGCAGUCUGGUUAAGCAUAUUUUCAAACAUUUUCUUGAACUCGUUUGUAACUUUUUUUUUUAUCUGUUAUUAGCGAUCCCUCCUCACUUUUCAUAGACCUACCUUUUAAAUUUUAUCAACCUUAAUUUCAUUUGAUUUUUCGAAAAAGAGUUUUACAUUGUUUUUAAUUCUCUCCUGAAAUUCCCAUUCCCUUCUUAUAACUAUUAAUUUUGUUUAUUUUUACUUGAUUGCCAGAACCAGGGGUGACAUUUCAGGUUUUUUUACACUAUUCAUUUAUAAAUAUAAAUAUUUUUUUCCAAAACACUUAGACACAAAACAGUAAUAACACAAAUAUUAUAAACCUUCAUACCUAUUAUGCUUGGUAGUCAGUUCAGACGACGGUUCAUUAUUAGUAAAGGUAGAUAGUUGCAUAAAAAAACAGAUAAUUACGUAUCGAAAAUUUGACCAGCCCAUAAAAAUCAAGGGUGGGGCAAAUGCCCCCCCUCCCCAAAUGACGCCACUGGCCAGAACUCAAAAGCUAUUUAUUGUCCUUACUAUUGGUUCAUUUAUCACUAUUGUCUGUGUAUGAACUCUUUCCGUCAUUGGCCGUUUACACAAACCACUUAUUCUUUGUUGCUUUUCCUUCAAAUCCUAGCGUUUCUUCAGCAACGAAUUUCAUCACCGAGUUCUCAAAUUUCUUUCAUAAUUUGACUACAUUCUGUUGACUGUUACGUUAGAUAUUUUAAAUGCUUCCUUUAGUCUAUUCUUGUAUACUGUAACUCAACCUCCUGAUUUUUUUAGAGCUUCUGUGUUUUUCCUUUUGAUUGGCGCAUUUGGUCGUUUUCAUUUCAAUUCUAUUCCAAAUUUUAAUUUUUUUUCUUAUGCUGGUCAAUUUGGUUCUUCGUUUGAACGGUUGGUGACAUCCAUGUCUGUGGAAAUGUGGUGCUACUUAAUACUUCAUAUUUCUUGACAUCUCUCAUCGCAAAGUUAAUUAACCUGGUGCCAUUAUCGUUUGAUUCAUUAUGAAGAAUUUAUUUUCCAAUGGUUAGCCUGUAAAUUCUUCCUUGUCGUAUUUGUAUAUGUAAUCCAUUUA